CAAGCUAGCCCUGCUGCCGUCCCCGCCACUCCAGGAGGCAAGGGAACAUCGACAGGUGCAAUCCCUAAAGCGGCGUCGGCGACAUCAGACCGCAUGGCUAAGCCAGCGGCCUCUGAGGUGCGCCAUUCUGGCACUAAUGUAGCGAUGGGCAGUAGCCAUCCCCAGAAGCACAUUAGUGCAUCAGAAAGGUACUAUCGUACCAGACGGUCAGCCCUCAGAAUCCUGGAGAGACUGAGGGAUAAGAAGCCAGAAGAACUGACCGCAGAAGAGCUGGACUCAAGAAAUUGGGCCGAAAAGUUUAUGGCUGAACACCAGGCGAAAGCCAAACAAGAGUCUGCUCAAGGCAAGCGGAAGUCCUCUAGGGAGCUAAGCUCGGAACCCAAGAGAACAAGGGUAUCCGCCUUUUUAACAGCGGACGAGCUGCAGAAAAGAUCCUUCGCGGACGCGGCGAAGGACACAUUUACCAGGGCUGUGAUAGACCGCAGCUCACUUGAUGGUGCAAUAUCACCACAAAACUGGGACCUGGUCAACAGGCGACUCUGGGCCGUCUAUAAGGAGGUUCUAGGGGAAAACCCAGGACCACCCCCCAGUUGUGCGGACGCCGGUUGGUUCCAAAACCGCGUCAAAUUAACAAGGUGCGCGGACCAGAGAUCCGUCGACCUAUACACCCUGGCCAUCAGUCGCGUAGGCGAGGUCUGGCCGGGUGCACGCCUUGAGGCGAUAAAGCGGGAAGACAUUCCCAAUCGGCCCAGAUCCAGGGCCUGGAUUCCAGACUUCCACACCGACCCACAGGAAGUGCUGGAAUGGAUACGUAUGGGCAACCCCGAGCUACCCACCCACGACUGGAAGGUAGCAAAGAUAGGCGAUAUCGAUGGCAAGCGAAGGUUAGCGGUAAUAGUCCUCAACGAGGAAUCAGUAGAACCGCUAGCCAACCAAAACUGGAGGAUAAAUUAUGGCUUCCAAGCCUUGAACCUCCAUGUUUAUCGGCAGGACGUGUCAGGGAAACAACACCCUACCGACGAAGCGAGCGCAGUGGAAAGUGCUACUGACGACGAAGUGGCAUCCACCUCCGGAAUGGUCGGCGAACUCUUCGAGAGGGUGACUCUAGAAGAGGGGGCGGGGGACCACUCCGACUUUUCCGACACCAUGGUGGAAGGAGAAGGGGAGGAUAUCCUCCCCCUUUCUGACGAAGAGGACGUCAACCGGACUGUGGUUGGCUGUCCAGCAGCAGCACGCGAAACUGAUGGUGGGGAUAGUUCAGAUUAAUCUCCACCACUGCAAGGCGGCCUCAGCCGCACUUCUCCUCCGUCUCGCCGAAAGAGAAGAGGAGAUCGCACUCAUCCAGGAGCCUUGGGUCAUAAAAGAUCGGGUUUGUGGAUUGAAUAUGAAGGGAUACAAGCUGUUCUAUGUAACUGACAAAGUUUAGCGAUGCGGACAACGUCAUCAUAGCAGUGGAAUCAGGCGGAAUGUGUAUUUGGCUGGCUUCCACAUAUAUGGCCCACGACGCAGAAACAUUACCUCCACCACAAUCCUUAAGGAGCGCGGUAAUGGAGGCCUCUAGACGCGGCACUCCGAUGGUCAUAGGAGCGGACGCGAAUGCCCAUCAUCACAUAUGGGGCAGCUCAGAUACAAAUGAACGCGGUGAGUCGAUAUUCGAAUUCAUUAUGUGCAAUAACUUACAGGUUAGCAACGUAGGUGAUACCCCUACCUUUGUGACGUCUGUUAGAAGGGAGGUCCUUGACAUUACAUGUGUCAAUGAGCAGGGGGCAGAACUCUUGAAUGACUGGAGAGUCUCAAAAGACAACUCCUUUUCGGAUCACAUGUACGUCGUUUAUAACCUAUACGUACCAGUAAGAAAACAACAAGCGGUCUUAAACCGCAGAAAAACAAAUUGGAAAAAAUUUGAAACAAUAUUUUCUAAUAAUAUUUCCGGCCUCACAAAUCAAAUAAACUCGGAACAUCAACUUGAUAACGUCGUAGACGAUAUAACUAAAGCAUUUCAUCGUGCAGCAAAAUCAGCCUGCCCAAUCAGGGCAACAAGUAGGAAACCAAAACCUCCAUGGUGGUCCACUGAAAUUGCAACCCUCAGAAGGGAAUGCAGAUCAAAAUUUAAUGAAGCUAAGAGAUCCAACUCUUGGAGUGAAUUUAAAGAUUGGCAACGCCGAUUUAAGUAUGCAAUAAGAGACGCUAAGCGCUCCUCAUGGAGGAACUUCUGUCAGAAGAUAGAAAGUACUUCGGAGGCCAGCAGACUGCGCAAAAUACUAUCUAUGAGUCCCAGCAAUAUUAGCUAUCUCAUCAAGGAGGAUGGUGAUUGGACAACUAGCAGCGAAGAAACUCUAGAGCUUCUUGUACAGACGCACUUUCCGGGUUGCCUUCACAGUAGAGU